AGUCAGGGAGUUGGGCUGUGUGUAUGUAUGUAUGUGUGUGUGUGAGAAUGGGAGAAGAGCAGCACGUGGUGGUCGUGGUCGGUGUCCUGUGAUGGCGAUGAGUGAGGAGGACGCAUGCGGCUGAUGGUGAGGUCGAGCGCGGUGCGGGUCGGCUUAGCACGUGGCCAGUGGGGCUGGAGACAGGCUGUCGUGCGGAGACUCAGCCAAGGGCGGAAGAGACGCGCUCUUGGCUUCCCGAUGCUCGCUGCCGUGAGCUUACCAUCGCCUUAGCACUUUCCUUUCAAUCCUGGCCAAGUGUCUAUUUGAGGAGAAGCCGUGAGCGGUGAUAGACACUCGUGCCGUCGUGGUUAUUCAUUUCUGACACGUGAGGAACCCUUGCACGCCUCCUCCAUACACCUUGUGGUUCAGAUGUAAGGGCUUGUGAGAGGCGGCAUUAAGAUAUAAUUGGAUGAGACGAAACAAAUUAAUUUAUACUACAUCCAAUUUUUUUUUUUUUUUUCUUAAUACGAAAGCAACGAAAAACGCUUUUGUAAUUCCAUGUUAACAGUGACAAAUUUCAGAAAACUGAUUCUUAUGAAUCACUGUAAUGUUGAUUGAUGAUACAUGAUAUUAUGGUGUUAUUUCUUUGACUUGCAUCCUAUUAUAGUACCUACUGUUUGACAAAGAAAUCAAGUGCUAAGACAAUUUGCAUACACUGGUGAGAAAACUUUUUCUUUUUUCUUUUAAUAACUGAAAACGACAAUGAAUUUUAGUGAAGAGUCUUUUGGACGAGAGCGAACUGACGUUUGUCGCUAAUUGUGCAGGUGCAGGAAGGGAGGACUAACCAUAUCUUGCAUGGCAGGGAGAUGAAUACACGGUAUCUGGCUCCAUGCUGCCCUUACUCCUUUUCGCGGCCCUGGUGCUUCUCCAGGGCAACGCUGCUAUUAACCAAGUGACCCCGAGCGACGCUACGGAGGCCACUCUUGCCUUUUUGCCUGGACACACGCGAACAAAGGCAGACAAACCGGCAGUCACCCAGCACACGCCACGGCAAACAGAGGUGGUGUCCUGGGAACGUCGCGAUGAGCUGAGUAAAUCUAGCGAGUGGGAGAAAGACCCCGCCGAGGCAACCAACGAGGGGAAGCACGACUCGACACAGACAGAUCGACAUGACAGGGAGGCGAGAGUGGGGCGCCUCUCUUCUGUCUCCCAGGAGAAUCAGCAGGAGAGCAGCCACCACAAGCACCACGGUCGUAGCCAGCAGGAGCAGAGGGCGUGGCGCAGAAGCCGGCGUCACCUAAGGAAGCGCCAUCAGAGGUCCCCGCAAGAUCGCUCCCUCGGCCACCACCAGCAGCGCCUUCCUUUGCUUCACUUCUCGCAGCCAGAGUAUCACCUAACUUUGCGAGAGGACAUGCCCAUCCACACCUCCAUCCUGACGGUGGGUGUGGAGGGUGCGAGUUCCUCCUUGACCUACCAUGUGAGCGACUCUGUCAACUUUGCAAUAGACGACGCAGGAGUCAUCUACACCCUCCGUCAGCUGGACCACGAGAGCACCGGGGGUCACUACACUCUAAAGGUCACAGCAGAGGAGCAGGGCGACGGGUGGCAGUGGCCCAAACCUGCUGCCAAGGUCAACAUCCAAGUGACAGACGCCCCCGAGGCUCCGCACUUCGACUCAGAGCAUUACCAGUUCACCGUCUCAGAGUUUGCAAGGACAGGCAGCUAUGUGGGCACUGUGAGGGCGAGUGACGAUGACGGGGAUCUCGACCGCUACUUCCUUCAUGGCGUGGAGCUGACAGAGGCGCAGUUCUCCAUCGACGUUGAAUCUGGUGUGAUCACUCUGAACGAAGGUCCGGACGGGACUCGGUGGGAAUUUCACCUUCAGGCAGGAGCUUCGGAUCGCCAGGGACACGUCGCUCUUGUUCCCGUCAGCGUCUAUGUUCUCACCAGCAACCCGUCUUAUGGACACCUCGUCUCCGUGGACCAAGGUAACAAUGGCCACCAUCCCGCCUUUCUGGACUGCGAAGACUACGAUGACAUUCACGUGAUGGAGAAUGUGACGGCUGGGAGUCCUGUCUUGACGGUGGUGGCGACUGACGAGGACAGUGGACCCAGCGGCUUCAUUGCCUACUCCCUCAUUCACAGCUUCAGUAGUUUUGCCAUCCAAGCUUUGAACCGCCAGGGGAAGAUUGCAACUACCCGGCGGCUGGACAGGGAUGAGGGUGACGUGGAGUUCCUGUUGACGGUGGUGGCCAAGGACGGUGGGUCGCCUCCUCUUCAAGCCUCCUGCUCCUUCAGGGUAAUCGUGGACGACCUCAACGACAACCCGCCUGUGUUUGACCAGCCGCGCUACGAACAAACACUGGCGACUGACCACAGCCUCGCCCUGCCUGUGCUCCGCGUCUCCGCCUCAGACAGGGACGCUGGCAGGAACGCACAUCUCACCUACCACUUGGAGGGCCACCCCAACCACCUUGAGUUCUUCUACCUGGAGCCCAUCACGGGGGUGCUCUCACUCAAGCGACCCCUCAGCGAUGCCAUGGCCAACACCAAGAUCUUCGAGGUGCGGGUGAGGGCGGUGGACGGAGGCACGCCCCCCCUGUGGUCCACGGCGCCUAUCACCGUGCGUGUGGUGUCCUCGGGGGAGCUGCCGCCCUCCGUGUCCAGCCAGCAUCCGCGACAGCCUGCCAUUCCCGAGAACACCACGGAGAACACUGACGUGGUGGUGCUGUGUGCCAGGUCCAACCUUCCGAACGCCCCUAAUGUCUACUUCACUCUUCUCAACGGCGAUACUGCGGAGACUAAUGCUGACGGAACCUUCGCCCUCAGACAAGUGCCGGACCACCAGGCUGGGCUGUGUGGGGAGAGCAACAGCAUCAGUAUCUUCGUAGCCACCAAGAAUCUUGACUUUGAAACGCUGCAGGCUUACAGACUCAAUCUUCUCAUAGUGAAUGACCGUAACGUCCGUCUGGAGCAGCAAGUCGUAGUGAACAUACUGGACGUGAACGACAACGCACCGCUGCUUCAGGCGUGGGACGGCGGCAUACUGGAGAACACUGGCAGCGCGCUCAUCACCACCAUCAGAGCCGUGGAUAAGGACGCCUCGCCGCAGUUCAGACAGCUGCGUUACUCCUUCGAUGCGACUGCGCCCCACGAUGUUGUGAGUAAGUUCGCUCUCAAGUCCAACGGAGAGCUUUGGAGUACGAGGCCCUUGGAUAGAGAGGAGGAGAGCCAGUACCGCGUGCCCAUCCAGGUGACGGACGGUGUGUCAGGACACUCACGCGUGACUACCUACUGGGUCACGGUGCAAGACCUCAACGAUGUGCCGCCCGUGUUCGAUCGUUCGAUGGGCGUGUACGAGGUGCAACUGCCGGAAAACAGGGAGGUCGGCAAACCCACGGGGAUCCGCCUGGCCGUGGACGAUGCCGAUGAGGUCAACGAGUUCACCUUUGACAUCAUCAGCGGGAACGAGGGAAGGAAGUUUAGCAUCGAUGAAACGUCCAGAACCAUUGUGGUGGCGGCGCCGCUCGACUACGACUACCCCGUGAACGACAGGAAUUUCACGUUGCGGAUCCGGGUGAGUGACGGCACCAAUGCACCGGCGAUCACUGACGCGGUGGUGGCUGUGGUGAAUGUGAACGACCAGGACCCAGUGUUCCAGCGAAGCAACUACUCCUUCGUGGUGACCGAGAACACAGACUGCUCCAUACCGCUCGGCCAGGUUAGCGCAAUGGACCCAGACCUCCCGCUCACCAUCAACCAGGACAUCCUCUACUAUCUCUCCGAAGAAGAUCAGACCAACUUCACCAUCGACAGUCACUCCGGCCACCUCUCCGUCAGGGGGUGCCUGGACAGAGAGGCCACAACACACGGCACCUUGACUCUGCACCCGCGAGCCACUGACGAGGGGGGGAAGGGCCACAAUGCUGUCCCCGCCACUGUGCACGUCACCAUUCUGGACCUUAACGACAACUAUCCAUACUUCGUCCGGCCGUCCCAGAGUUACGCUACAGUGAUGGAAAACCUGGAGCCUCACCUCGUGGAACCAGUGGUGCUGCAGCUCGGGGACUUGGACACGGAUGAACAUGGUUGUCCCUGUUCGCUAGAGUUCCACGCCUCCACCCCCACCGCCCUCAGGGACAGGUUCACCCUCACGCCCCUCGGCAGGUCCCGCUACCGCCUGAGCCCCUCCGCCGUGCUGGACCGGGAACGGCAGAAGGUGUACCGCCUCACCUUCACGGCGCGGGACAGGGAGGGAGUGGGAGGCUUGCGGCAUCUUACCGUGGAGGUGGGUGACGAAAACGACUCCCCGAUGACUGAUGGCGCCUCCACUAUCCGCGUAUACGAUUACCAGGGUCAGUUCCCCGCCAUGGUGAUCGGGUCGGUGCACGUGACGGACAGUGACGACCACGACCGCCAGGACAAGACCUUCCAGCUGGAGCAGAGCAGCGGCCUGGAGGCGGCGACACACUUCACGGUGGACCUGUACACUGGGGACAUCACCAUGCUGAGGGGCACGCCGGCAGGCACGCACACCCUCACGGUCACGGUUCACGACAGCUUCCGAGAGGAGGUGGCCGUUGGAGUGACGACGAUCACUGUGGUGGAGCUGACACAGGACGCCCUCACUCAGUCCGGCUCCCUCAGGCUAGCCAAUAUAUCCGCCAAGGCCUUGCUGCAGCAGACCGCGCCAGGCGUCGUGAGAACCAGCCUUUACGAUCGACUCAGGAAACAGAUCGCAGACAUCCACCAGAUAUCAGAGGAUGAGGUGGACGUGUUCUCGCUGCGGGACGCUCCUGCUGGGGAAGGUGUGGAUGUGCGCUAUAGCUGCCACAGGUCACCUCUCUACAGCGCCGCUCGUCUCAACGGCCUCCUGCUGGGUAGAAGACAACAGGUUUCCGCGGUGCUCGGCGUAGACAUCCCUCUUGUGGACAUCAAUUUGUGCCUGAAUGAAGCCACAUCUCCUUGUGGUGGCCAGAGCUGCCAGCACACUCUGCGGCCAAAUCUCACUGCCCCGCUCGUGGUUUCCAGUGCUUCUGACUCGCUCGUUGGGGUGGACGUCAUUGAUGACUAUGCCUGCAGCUGCGGGCCGCUGGAGCCUCCCCCGUCAGUGUGCUACCCCGGCUUCUGCAUCAACGGUGGGGAGUGCCACGUGAGAAUAACACCCUCACCUGCACCUGUCCCGACGCUGUCAAUUACGGCCCGCGGUGUGAGCUCCUGACU